CCAGAUAGGUUGUGUUUCCCAACAGGGUUUUCUACACAGUGUUGCGACAAUGGCCUGCCUGUGCUUUUUAAUAAUAAUGACGUAAAGAUGACCAGCCUUUGCAUUUUUUAUUCAUAUUUGGCUUUACUGCGUUUUGAGAUUUACCGCUCCUCUUUGAUGUAAAUCGUGUUCCACCAGCAGCAGCAUCUCACGAUUAAUUCUUCCCAUAAUGCCUCGCGUUAGUGCUCGUUGGCGCUGUCUGUGGUGCUGAAGCUGCUAUCGCCAGCGGCAAGAGACCUCCUGCUCCAGCAUCACCUCUGAGCAAAGGCGUUACGCGCUGGUCAGCGAGAGACAACCGUGAUCACCUAUUUGUUUAUGUUCUUCGUGUCUUUUAACGCGUUUUAAUAGUCGGGAAUCUUUAGUGUUGAAUUUAGCUCCCCUUGUAUCCGUUCGCGCUUGUGUUUUUCGGUUCCUGUUUGGCUCGCAUCCUUUAUGCACAGCACGCUGCUCCAGCCCUUAAAGAAAACACAGGCAUCCGUGUUGGAACAGCAUGGCUUCCUGAGCGAGAUGGAAGCGAAGCAGCACUCGAUCAAGAGCUUGAAAAGCUAUCCGGAGGCUGGGGGCCGGAGUCUGGCGGCGGCAGCGGGUGGGGACGUCGGCGGCGGAGGUGGAGGGUAUCGCGUCGGCGGCGCGGAGAUGGAGAUGGAGGCGAAAAUACAGAAAGCGAUCGACUUCAAACUGGAGGGUCACCGAUGCUACAAGGAGAAAAAAAUCCGGGAAGCAAUCGGGAAAUAUCACAGGGCGCUGCUGCAGUUGAAAGGGAUCCAUGUCGUCGACGGGACCACCGGAUCCGAGGUGAACCUCCUGAACCAAGCCGCGGCCAAGCUGACAGAAGAGCAGCGGCGAGCGGUGGAGAGCACCGAGAUCGAAUGCUACGACAGCCUGACAGCGUGCUUGCUGCAGUCGGAGUUGGUGAAUUAUGAGCGGGUUAAGGAAUACUGUUUGAAGGUACUCGGACACCAGCAGGAUCACUUUAAGGCCAUGUACCGUGCUGGGAUUGCCUUCUACCACCUGGGAAACUACGAGUGUGCCCUGCGUUACCUACGUGAUGCCAAGUGCCGUGAACCCACAGACACAAACGUGCUGCGAUACAUCCAGCUUACGGAGAUGAAGAUGAGUAAGACCAGUCAGCAGGUGCGUGAGAGUGGGAAAGAGUCAUUGGGUUAAUUCAGCCCGACCCCCUCUCCAUGCCACACCCUAAGCCUGAUAGAAAACCUCUCUUCUCGAGUCUUUCCCCUUUUUCCCACAAUUGAUCCCUUGGACAACCAGGAUACAUGUGCUGUGCCCCUCUCUGAAAGCGGACUUGAAACGGGCGCAGCUACAGCACAGCACCCCGCGACUGUCUUUUCUCGCUCUGAGAUUCUCUGUCCCUUUAAAUCCAACGACCCCGGUGCUUUUCAUUUCCCAGGUAUUGAGAAUUUGACUGAUGAACAAAGAACACGAAGACGAAAAAAGAAGAAAUGGUGUCUUGUAAUGAAAUAAGCAAUGGGGGUCUGACGUUACAAUUUAAAAUCACAUGAUGGAUAUUAAAAUGUGUAUAAUGUUUUGAAUGAAAAACAUGGGUGGCAGAAUUAAAUAUCUAGGUAGAGAAUAAAGCACACAUAUCAAAGCCACACUGCUACUUAAGCGCAGAUGGUGAAGGUCAAUGAUUAGGCUAGUGACCUUUGAACUCACCCUGAUCCAUUGAGAAGCACUCUCUCUGCUUAAUACAGAAGAGAAGCAGAGAGGUCAACAUUCAAUUCACGCUCACCUGCCAACGCCUGUUACUUUCCGUCUCCUUUUUCUCUCUCUUGAAUUUGGGCAUAUCUCAACUCAAUUUCUGAACUGUUUCAAUUCAAGGGCUAAUUCAAUUGUUUGUAAUUUGUUCUUAGAUAUCGAUUUUGUUUUGCCUCUUGGUUUGCUGUACUAUAGUGGUUUGAGCAAGUUGUUAUCUUUCCCUUUACAACAUCCUCCGUACUAAUGUUAGUAGAUGUUUUGUGAACCUUGUUGUCCAUUUCCUUGUAUAGGACUGUCGCAUAGCCCCCCCUCCCCCAAAAAAGAGAAGAGCGCAUCCUGAUGAUGUCACAAUGGUUAUGCAGCCUGUUGGAAUAUUAUUAACUAAUGGAGCCAUAUAAAAAACUCUUGUGUCAGAUGAACAACAUCUGAAGUGCUUGAUAGAGGUCUGCUAAACUUAAAUAAUAUAUCUACCACAAAAGAUCAGUGUUACCAAAUAGUGGUAAGUAAAAGGACAAAAAUGCUCCGGUAACUCUGAGAAUUGUAGUUUUGACAACCAUUAAUUAAGCGUCACGUGUUUGUCCUCUUCUUAGUGUUAUGAUUUUUUGUGCUUUGUUAUGGAAUGAUGUUUUGUUCAUUUGUUCAUUGAGGCAACAUCUCCGGUGGAUUGGUUUGAAUAUGGAGAAGCCUGUGACAGUACAUGUCUUUCUGAGUUUAGUUUGGAUUAAUGGAUUUUAGGAGAUGGGGACAGACAGAUGAAAUUAUCCAGCUGACCUAAUAUAAGACAGAUUUAAUUGUGUCAGUGGGACGCUUGGGAUGUUGUGCCAUGGUUUCAAAUGAGAAGAUGCUCUGAUGAGAUUCAGAACACAUGGCAGGCCAUACAGCCCCAUCUCUUUGUUGCAGUGACACUUCAGGAAACUGAGGAAUAUGGCGAUAAAAUAAGGUGGAUUCAGUUUUUCUUAUUUUUUUAAAAAAAAAUAUACAUACAGGGAGUAGAACAUUAAGUGAAUAUAAUUAAAAUGAUAAAUACUCACAUGCAGUCAAGACUUUAGUCAUAUCUUCUGAUUUAUUCCACAUGGAGCGGGUUGCCCUCUCAAGGGGCUUCUAUGUCUAAAGACAACAAUGUCAAUAAUAAAAAUUAUUAGUUCAUUAUUAUAUAGUAGGAGUGUUCAAUGCACUUUACAACACAGAAAUGAAUGAAAAUGAAGUGAACAGCAAUUAAUACACAAACCCCAUACAUCCACGCUAGUAAUUGUCAGCAUACACUUCUCUAAGGUGAAAAAUAACUUGUGGAACACAAAAACUUUUCGAGUGCACCUUUUAACAAGAGGGUCUGGCUGCAAAUUUUAGUGCUCUAGCAGUUAAUAAACAGAACUGCAUGCAUCCCGCGGAAGAACAUUCUAACCGGAGCUACUUCUCCAUGUUUAUGUCUAUGGUGAUUCACGCAGGUACUGUAUGUGUUACUCCGCAGCGGUGACGACCCGAACAGGCUACAAUAGUCCAAAAAUAUUCACUUAUUAUAAAUGUACUGUAGUGAUUUGGGAUAAGACAAAAAGGCAGUUUGGUAGAUGAUUUUAUGAUGUAUUCGCUCAUUAUAUACAUUUUGCAAAUUUUGAACACAGAAAAAGUUACAUAGUGUUGCUUUAAUGCUCAAAACACCUUGAUUAUGAAUAGAUUGGCAAGAGAAAUCAAGGUAUCUCUUUACUGUGCUGUUCUAACUCAGUCUUGUGAGAAAACAUAACUAUUUUAUGAGGUGACGGUUUUGCAUGAAUUUGCAAUGUUUAUGUUUACAAAAAUGUAAGCAUAAAGCUCCAUCCCUAAACCCACCCAAAACCUAACCUUCAAUGGGACGUAAGAUGAUCGUAUAAUAAUGUACAAAAGAGGUUACAUGAAUUAGCCACCAAUAUGUUAUACAUAUUAGACACCAAAAAUUAAAAUAGUUAUGAAUUGCCAUGAGAGUAUGUUGGCUGUUUUGACGCGUUUCUCCUUUCCAGCUCUGUCUCUUGUCUCAGUUUUGUGGCAGUUCUCUCUCCACCUUACCUUCGAUAUGUUCUUUUGAUUUCUGUAAAUGGUAAAAUUCAUUUUGUCUACAACAGAGCAAUGCUGACAAUGCCGAUGUCCUGUAAAGAAUCUUGGUCAUGACCUUUGCUUCUUUCAGCUGUGAUCCAUAUGUCCCCAUGUGCUGGAUCUCUUUCUACACAGAUGGAGAAACAUCAAAUCUGACUGUUGUCUACAUACAACAACAAAAGCACAAACUGGUUUAUGGACAAGCAAAUAAACUUUCUGUACUUUACUUUUUCUUGGAUGUCACUUGAGGUAUGUGUUUGUUGAAUGUCAAAGUAGACUUGUGCGGUUUUAAAGACAUUAAAAUGGUUGUCGAAAGCUUUACUUUAUUAAAUUGUUUUUAUCGAUAUGUAAGAGAGCAAAUGAGAAGGAUAAUUAAAAGAGAUUUAUGGAAAAAUAUAUUUAACAUUGUGAGGGGCAGCUUUGUACCUGUGUAUACUCUAUGAUCAGUUUUCCUCUUGUAUCUUGGCUUAUUUGUGAUGUCUUAGCCUUGUUUUUGUCUGUUUGCCAGUCUGAGGAUUCAGGGUUUGCCCUUUGACCUCCAGGGCCAUCUGGGGUGGGUCUGGAGAGAAUGACAAGGGAUUUUGCAAAUGAGGAAGAAGGGGUGAGGGUACCCUACUGUCCAGAAAGAGGGAUACAAAUCCACUGGUUUCUUUUUCCUGUUUUCUUGCCUGUUCUGGAGAGAGAGAGACUUUGACCCUCUGGUUGUUCUGGUUAUAAUGUUAAUGCAUUACUGCGGUCAUUCAUCGCUUCUUUGGGAAGUACUGUACAUACUUCCACCAGACAUCAGAAGACCUGCAAACUGGUUAUGUUUACCUGCAAGUUCAGGAAUGCACUAUUGAUUGGUAUCUGAAGUCUACAAAUAAAGUUUAAAAAGAGAAACUGUA